UCCGACACUGACGGUGAAGCCCUAAUGAGAGGUCUGAUUUUGAGCACCAAAGCUGAACAGUGCAGAUUUCAUGCUAGUUGCAGUAGAUUGAGUGUGUAUAUACUGAAGCUUCUUUUGUUGAUGGCGCGCUCUGGGUGAGGAUGCUGCUUCUGAGAUGCUGAUGACGGCCCGAUGACAGCGCUCGACACCCUGGAUGGAUCUUACAGCCUGGCAUCAUUACAGCGAUAAGUCGGUCAACAUCCGUCCAAUUUGAAUUAGGACACGUGAGCAGCGACAUGUUAUGAACCGAGGAACAGCUUUGGUUGGGGGAAUGGGGGCACCGAAAAGACCAAAGCGAACUCGUCUCCUUUUCCGUUUCUGCAUCUGCGGAAUCGGUCUUCUCACAGCCGCCCUAACCGUGGAUGUUACAGGUGUCUAUAUAAGUAAAAAGAAUAGUGCACACUUUACGAGUGAUGGGUUGCCUGUACGUAAUGAAAAUGGAAAUAUCCUUUGGACGAAAAGAGACCUUUAUGAGGAGAAAAAUGCCGGUAAUAAGACUCUGAGUGGCCUAUCUAAAUCUGCUAUUACAGAGUUUCCAGAUGACAUCUUUACCUUGGAGCAGCGGCGUCAUGGAGCUGUAAUACUUCAUGUUCUCUGUGCUAUCUACAUGUUUCAUGCACUGGCCAUUGUGUGUGAUAUUUACUUUGUGCCAUCUCUGGAAAAAAUAUCAGUGAAUCUUAAUCUUAGUGAAGAUGUUGCUGGGGCGACCUUCAUGGCAGCUGGGAGUUCUGCCCCUGAGCUCUUUACCUCUUUGAUUGGAGUUUUUAUCACAAAAGGAGAUGUAGGUGUGGGAACAAUUGUCGGGUCAGCAGUUUUUAAUGUCCUGGUGAUCAUUGGCCUCUGUGGGAUUUUCUCUGGACAGCCUAUUUCUCUAAGCUGGUGGCCUUUAUUUCGAGAUUCUGUCUUCUACAUUUUGUCCAUAAUUGUGCUUAUCCUGGUGAUCUAUGAUGAAAAGGUUCUGUGGUGGGAAACAAUUAUUCUCAUUUGUAUGUAUGGGAUUUACAUAAUAAUAAUGAAGUUCAACAGGUCGCUGUGUAACUUGGUUGAGAGUCACUGCAGCUUGGGUCAGCCAUGUCUCAGCAGUUUGAGACGGACAACUGCUGUUGGAAAUAUAGGAGACUGUGACAAUGACAUGGUGCCACUAAAGCCAGACACAUGUGUGGUGGCCAGCCAGGACACAGGGGUGGUAAUGGUCGAUGAGCUUCUGAACCUGCACCCGCACCAGCUCUCGUUUUCAGAGGCAAGCCUUCGUCUUCUCAUCACCCCGCAUUUUCCCCCCUUCACCCGCCUGCGCAUGGCAGGACGCAUGGUCAUCAGCGAGCGUCAGAGGCUGAUUCAGGCUCGAGGUGGACACGAAGAAGGUGCUGCAGCAGGUAAGGAGGGAGGCAGUGGGCCGUGGUGCCGAGACAACGGGACACUGACUGAGAGAGACAGACAAACUCUAGAGUGUGACACCAUCAAAGAAGAGAGUGGAGAGGCACAAGGGGCCUCUGAAAUUAAAGAGGAAGAGGAAGAUGAAGAGGAGCAGGAAGGAGGAGCGGACCAACAUUCUGCUUUAAAUCCAUUCUGUUUUCCUAAUGGCUUGUGUGAGCGUCUGAAGUGGCUGCUGUCCUGGCCAGUGACUUUCUUGCUGUAUUUCACUGUGCCCAACUGCAACAAGUCCCGCUGGGAGCGCUGGUACCUGCUUACCUUUUUGUCCUCCACACUGUGGAUAGCCCUAUUUUCCUACCUCAUGGUCUGGAUGGUGACCAUCAUCAGCUAUACAUUAGGAAUUCCUGAGGUACUUAUGGGCAUCACCUUUUUGGCCGCUGGCACCAGUGUGCCUGACUGUAUGGCAAGCUUAAUUGUUGCAAGACAAGGUAUGGGAGACAUGGCUGUCUCAAACUCUAUUGGCAGUAAUAUCUUUGACGUACUGCUGGGACUGGGCUUCCCUUGGGCACUGAGAACUCUCAUAGUCAGCUAUGGAUCUGUGGUCAAAAUAAACAGCAAAGGGCUGGUUUACUCAGUGAUACUGCUGCUGGCCUCUGUCACACUUACUGUCCUGUGCGUUCAUUUAAACCACUGGAAGCUGGAUCGGAAGCUUGGACUCUGUCUAAUGUUGCUUUAUGCUAUUUUCCUUCUUUGCUCUAUUGGCUUUGAAAGGCUGUAGAGGAAAUACUUAUUUGUAAAUCAAAAAUCUUUAACUCAUGAGUAGCAGAAUUUGUCUUUCAGUCACAGCUGCUUGGAUAUUUCAGUAAAUACAGAUGUUUUGUUUAUUCUAUACCUUGUGGUGACUUAAAAGUGUCCUUUUUUCUACAUGUGCGCAUGUGAUACCUCAAUUUUGUGAAAUCUAAUGCACUGUUUAUUGCCUAUGUAUCUGCAGUAUUUUUCUGCACUAAAUUUGUACACAACACAUACGAUCGCUUUGGGUGCAAUUGCUAUUAUGAAUUCUAAGAUUAACUAUGACCAUCUCAUAUAUAGUAUAUUACUGUUAACAUUUCUCCCUUCAUCUGGUCCUUCCAUUUUAGCUAAUCUCACCUUUAUUUUCACAUUAUU